GGUAUUAAAGCGGGCUUUGACGGCGGACGAAAGUAGCAUCAUCAGUUAAAAAAAGUGCUCUUGGUUCUUGGUUAAUACUCACAUGGAUUAUUGACUUUACUGAACUGUCCUUUUGGCUGCUGAUGCGUGAUAACUGACUGUUACUGUUAACGCUGUGCAGGAUAGUCAAAAUAACAGCUAUAAACUAUCUCCAGUAAGUCUGCAGAUGUUUCAGUGUUGCACAUUGACCUCAAAGUCAGACCAGAAAAAAAACACCCAAACAUCUUAAGAACAACUUUAAUCACAAUAGAGUGCAAAAAAAGGGGGUAAAACAGAGUAAGGAUGCCUUUGGAUCUGGGAAUGUACGAGCGCCGUGCAGAUUACAAAUCUGAAAAACAGUGCCAGCGAACCUCGCUCGCUUUCUAUCAGGCCGUGCGGGAUUUACUGCCGGUGUGGCUGCUGGAGGACAUACGCGCCACCGAAGCGUUUCAUUGGGAAGACGAAGGUCGCGCAUGCGCCUUCUCACCAUCCGAAGCGCUUCUCUACGCGCUUGUCCACGACCACCAGCAGUACGCGCACCACCUGCUACAGCGCUUUUCCAUGCACGCGCUGGCCAUGCCGAGCGCGAGCUUCCGCUGCUGCGCGCACUCAGCCACGCCACACGUCGCCGUGGCCGUGCGCUACAACCGCAAAAACAUUCUCAAAAUGAUGAUGGACACCCUCAAAGAUUUCGCGGACGAAGGCGAAAAAAAGCUGCUUUUGAAUCACCGCGUGUGCGCGCACGCAGAGGGCGGCAAAACGGCCCUACACCUGGCGUGCGACCUGGCGCGCCCGGAGUGUUUGCUGCUGUUGUUGGGCCACGGCGCGUGCCCUUACGUCACAGAUCGUGCGGGAGACACACCUCUGGACUGCCUGCUUCAACAAAUCAGCCAAAGUGACAUGGACAUGCGUACGAAGCGCGUGUGCCUCGGAUACCUGGUGUUGUUCAUGCCCGCGCUACGCUUCCGCAUGCGCACGGAGCUGCGGGAGAACCCGGCACUGUGGAGCCGCCUCAUCGGGGAGCAAGCGUUCCAGUGGCUCUCUGGUCAAUGUCCACCAUCGCUCUUCGUCCAGUGCAUGCGCAACGUGACCCGAUCCGUUCCUGACGAACAGCUCGAGUCCCUGCCCGAUUUCCUCAGACCACCUGAUUUCAGAUUGCACCAGUCUUAACGCCUUAAUGGACGUGCGCUGUCUGACUUUGACUGACGAAAUCAACCCUUAUUUAAAAUGUGUGUAUAAACUUCCAAGUUAUGGCAAGAAGUGGAAAAAUCGUUCUUUACUAUUUUUGCAGGUUGAUCAUUUAGAGCUGCUACGCUAAUUACUGCACUGUAAAUAUGUGAAUGUUGUAAAAUAGAAUGAAUCCAAGUGACGGGUUGUAAAUGUUUAAAAAAUUAUAUUUUUUAAAAACAUAAAUAUUUUUUUCUGAAAAUG